AUGGUGGUUGGAGAGACCGUGAGAGGUAGUGGUGUGAUCGUUGAAACAAUUGUAAAGAGAGAGAUGGGGACAAAGAGAGAGAAGGGUUCUACUGAUGUUGUGACAGCCUUGAAGGUCGAUGUUAUUGAGUUGAGGAAGGAUAUUGACCAGUUGAAAUCCAUGGAUUUUUCGAUGCUAUUUAGGAUGCUGGAGAUUCCCGAGAUGUCGAGCACUGAUAUUCCAUCCAGUUAUCAGGUUCCUUCGGCUACUACGACUGGUGAUGUUCCUAAGGUUGAUGAUGUAGAUAUUGAGUUCGAGGCGGAGACAUACGAGGAGCAUUUGGGUGUUUGA